UCCUUUCUCUCUUUCUUUCUCAUGUGUACACAACAUCUGCGCAUACGGAAGUUCUUGUCAUCGAUAUUUAUUUCUCACCAUUUCUCACUGCAACCGGCUAACGGAAUGUUGAGCGUCAGUUGAGCGGAACGAGGCUUUUCUGACGUCUUUUGACGUAUUAGAUAUACGAGAAUCAGGAUGAGCGUGAAGCAUUUGAGUACCGGAUCGGUACCACCGGCUCUCGUACCCGGCAAAAUACGCCUCUACAGCAUGCGCUUUUGUCCAUACGCACAGAGGAUACACCUCGUGCUAGAUGCCAAGCAAAUUCCAUAUGAUGUGGUAUAUGUGAAUCUAACACACAAGCCAGACUGGUUGAUAGAAAAGAGUCCCUUGAAUAAAGUCCCUUGUAUUGAAUUAGAAGGAGGAGAAACGCUGUACGAAAGUCUAAUUAUUGCUGACUAUUUGGAAGACGCAUAUCCACAAAACAAACUAUAUCCAAGUAAUCCUUUAGCAAAGGCUAAAGAUAAAUUAUUAAUUGAUAGAUUUAAUACAGUGAUAUCAACUAUGUAUAAGAGACUUUAUUCAGAAACAGCAUGGGAGCAGGAUGUAUUCAACGAAGCGUUAGCUGGCUUAGAAUUUUUUGUUCGAGAGUUAGCAAAGAGAGAAACUCCUUUUUUUGGAGGCAGCAAACCAGGCAUGCUAGACCUGAUGAUAUGGCCAUGGUGUGAGAGAACAGAUGUGAUAAGGAUUAUAAAGGGAGAUCAGUUUGUCAUACCUCGCGACCGUUUCUUGAGAUUGCUUGAAUGGAGAGUUGCCAUGAAAGAAGAUCCUGCGGUGAGUGGCAGUUUUCUGGAUGCUGAAGUGCACGCCAAGUACAUGCGUAGUUGUCUAGCUGGGACACCUCAGUACGAUUUAAUAGCUAACAGCUAAAGAUAAUCUAGCUUAUGGUUCAUUCCAUUUUUCCACUUUAAAAUAUUUUAAGUUCAAGCAAUAUGCUAUUUUGUGUGUCACCGUUUUCAACAUAGUAAAUUAUAAUUCUAUAUACUUAAAUAUAUAAUAUAUAUAUAUAUAUGUUUACAAAAAUAAAAUUGAUGUUUAUGUAAUGUCUAAAACAAAUAUUAGUUUAUAAAACAAAGGCAUUUAUCUUGAUUGUUAUAUUGGUUAACACAUGAAAAUAAAAAUUUCUUUUGCAUAACAA